CACGACCCACGGUAGUCCUCGUACCCGUCUUCUGUGACGCACUCGUGGUUCGUUUGCCUCCCCCUCCCUUCCGCCUCCUCUGUCCCCUCUCCUGUAAGCGGCCGCCCAACCCCCAGGCGCCCACUCUGGCGGCCGGCGAGGAUCCUCGGAGCCCCACUGCUGUGUUUCGUUCGCCUUCCCCUCCCUUCCGUCUCCUCUCCCCCUCUCCCGUACGCGCGCCUCCCAGGCCCCAGUGAAUCGAGCAGCGGCAGUGUCAAUGGGGUUUGAGGAAGGGACGGGCGCCGGCGGAGAGAUCCGGGCGCUCAUGCGGCGGCAGCAGGUGGACUUGCGCGAGCGGCAGCAAGCAGCUCGCCAAGGAACUCUCCAUCACGCUGCUCGUCGCAAUCGCGCUGGUUAGGGUCUCCGGCGGGCGUGCCGAUGACACACGGGGCUGGUGGAGGGUGCGACGACCUUGGGGGGUUGGGGGAGCCGGAGAGAAUAUCUAGUGCUCUUGGUCCAUACACAUACAUUAAAAUUAUGUACUUCUUCCAUUCAAUAAAAAUGUUUCAAGUUCUCAAAAUUUGAAUGUAUUUAGACAUGACUUAGUGUAUAAAUGCAUUUAAAUUUGAUCAAAUUUGAGACAUCCUUUGUUGGAGGGGGGUGGUAUCUUGUUUUUACACAUGCCUUCUUGAUACUCUAUCUUGUUGUGAGAUGAUAUUUCAUACUUCCUCCGUCUAACAAAAGAUGUCUUAAGUUUAUCAAAAUUUGGAUGCAUCUAGAUAUGACUUAGUAUAUAGAUGCAUUCAAAUUUGAUCAAAGUUGAGACAUCUUUUGUUGGACGGGAAUACAUUAAAAUUGAAUUAUAAAGAAGUACUAGCAACUAAUCCGUGCCCUUAAAAUCUUAGAUAAAAGAAAAUGGACAAUCCAAAUUAAUUCAGGAGCACUGUGAAAAAGCUCUACUAAAUAAUAUAGAUGCCAUUGCCGGGGUGUUCCUGUUGCCAAAGAAAAAUACAUCCGGACAUAGAAACACUUGCCGAACCAUGAAGCCUAGUUAGGCUGCCUGACCUGCACAAUCCACCAUCAGGUGCCUUCGACAAUUUACUCAGGACCAGUUAAGUGCUUAUCCUCGGCGCCCCUGGAAUUAACUUGUCACCUUUUCGGGCGUGUACAAGAGGAACCUAUUGACCAGUUCUUUCCUUUUUCUCUUGAAUCUUCGAAAAUGACACAUUUGGGAAUUGGGACGUGAGGUGCAAAGCAAGCAAGCUAGGCCCUAUAAAUGCACGUAUACAGCUACUGAAGCAAACAACAAAUCGAGCCACACCCAAAAGCAUCCAUAGUACCACACUACCACAUAGAUGGCCCUUCUAAGUACUGUAGGGACCCUCGGUUCAUCACUCUUCUCGGUCGCUUCCAUCUCCUCUUUCUUGAUCAUUUUUGCCCUUUCUUCUUCGUCACAUGGCGUUAGCACCACUGCCAGCGACGAAUCCAAUAUGGACUUGCAGCCCCUCCUUUGUCUCAAGAAACACCUUUCAAGCAAUGCUAGAGCCCUUUCCUCGUGGAACGAUACCCUCCAGUAUUGCAGCUGGCCCGGGGUCACCUGCGGCAAGAGGCAUCCAUCUCGUGUGACAGCACUUGACCUUGAAUCGCUAGGCCUGGAUGGCCAAAUACCACCCUGCAUCGGUAAUCUCACUUUCCUCACAAUAAUCAACCUCAUGGGUAAUCUGCUGAGUGGUGAGAUCCCCCCUGAGGUAGGCAAUCUGCAUCGCCUACAUAUCAUUGAUCUUGGGAACAACUCCCUCCACGGAGAGAUCCCCCUAGGUUUAUCAAACUGUUUAAAUCUCACAGGGAUCAACCUUGAUAGCAACAUGCUCCAUGGAAGCAUCCCGGACGGGUUUGGCAUGCUUCCUAAGCUGUCAUUUCUGUUUGCUUCUAACAACAACUUGAUGGGCAAUAUUCCUUAUUCACUUGGAAGCAGCUCAUCACUCACCUAUGUAAUCCUGGCAAACAACAGCCUAAUAGGAGGUAUCCCACCUUUCCUAGCAAAUAGUUCAUCCCUCCAAGGUUUGGACUUGGAACACAAUGACCUCGGUGGAGAGAUACCGCGGGCUCUCUUUAACAGCUCCUCUCUUUUACUCAUAAGUUUAGCACAAAAUAACCUCUUUGGGUCUAUUCCACAUUUCUCGCACACGUCACCACUGAUUAGUCUCACCCUGUCAUUCAAUAAUCUCAUAGGCGAAAUUCCUUCGUCGGUAGGGAACUGUUCUUCCCUGUUUGAGCUUUUGCUUACAGGGAAUCAGUUGCAAGGAAGCAUUCCGUGGGGUCUAAGUAAAAUACCAUACUUGCAAACAUUAGACCUAAAUUUCAACAACUUGUCAGGAACAGUUCCACUCUCUCUCUACAAUAUGUCGACACUCACAUAUCUUGGCAUGGGUGCCAAUGCACUAGUAGGAGAAAUUCCAGAAAACAUUGGCCAUACACUUCCAAAUCUUGAAACAUUUGUGGUUAAGCAAAACAAGUUCCAAGGUCUUGUUCCCAAUUCAAUCGCCAACGCCACUAAUCUUCAGGUGAUUAUUCUCGGUGAUAAUGCAUUCCAUGGUAUUGUUCCUUAUUUCGGCUCCUUGCUCAAAUUAACAAUUCUAGAUCUAAGUAAGAACCAGCUCGAAGCUGGAGACUGGACAUUCCUCUCCUCGCUCGCCAGUUGCACAAAGUUGGUAAGUUUACAUUUGGAUGCAAACAACCUACAGGGAGAACUGCCAAAUGACAUCGGCGGUCUAUCAAAAAGCUUACAAGUUCUGGUGUUGUCGGCCAAUAAAAUUUCUGGCACCAUACCACAUGAGAUAGCCAAACUAACGAACCUCACAAUUCUUCACAUGGGGAACAAUCAGCUUACAGGAAACAUUCCAGGCUCACUUGGAAACCUUCCAUACUUGUUCGUUCUAAGCUUACCCCAAAACAAACUAUCUGGGCAAAUCCUUCGCUCAAUUGGUAAUCUCAGUCAAUUAAGCGAGCUCUACUUGCAGGAAAAUUAUUUGAGUGGACCCAUCCCAGUAGCUUUAGCACAGUGCACUAAGUUGCACACCCUAAACCUCUCCUGCAACUCCUUAGAUGGAAGAUUACCAAAGGAACUGUUCACCAUUUCCGCAUUUUCUGAAGGUCUUGACCUCUCUUACAACAAACUAUCCGGACCUAUACCAGUGGAGAUUGGUGGAUUAAUCAAUCUUUCCCCUCUCAAUAUUUCCAACAACCAGUUGACCGGAGAAAUCCCCUCAACUCUAGGUGAGUGCCUCCAUUUGGAGUCACUCCACCUGGAGGGGAAUCGGCUUGAUGGGCGGAUUCCUCAAUCUUUCGCCGCGUUGAGAGGCAUCAAUGACAUGGAUCUUUCUCGAAACAACUUGUGUGGUAAAGUUCCAGACUUCUUCAAGUUCUUCAGCUCUAUGUCACUUCUCAAUUUAUCAUUCAACAAUCUGGAAGGACCCAUUCCAACUGGUGGGAUCUUCCAAAAUGAAAGCAAGGUGUUCAUCCAAGGGAAUAAGGAGUUGUGCGCCAUUUCGCCUCAGUUGAAACUGCCACUUUGCCAAACCGCUGCAUCUAAACCAACACACACCUCCAACGUUCUGAAGAUAGUGGCAAUUACUGCUCUAUAUUUGGUCCUUUUAUCAUGCAUCGGAGUCAUUUUUUUUAAGAAGAGAAACAAGGUCCAACAAGAAGACGAUCCAUUCCUUGAGGGGUUAAUGAAGUUCACAUAUGUUGAUUUAGUAAAAGCAACAGAUGGUUUCUCUUCAGCCAACUUGGUUGGUUCAGGGAAAUAUGGGUCCGUGUACAAAGGUAGAAUUGAGUCUGAAGAACAAGCAGUUGCUAUCAAAGUUUUCAAACUUGAUCAGGUUGGAGCAACGAAGAGCUUCCUUGCUGAGUGUGAGGCCCUGAGAAACACCCGUCAUCGUAAUCUUGUAAGGGUGAUCACGGUGUGCUCAACAAUUGAUCAUGCAGGACAAGAGUUCAAAGCUCUUGUUCUUGAAUAUAUGAUUAAUGGCAACCUGGAAAGUUGGCUUCAUCCAACACUCGAUGAGCAUCAUCUGAAACGGCCAUUGAGUUUAGGUUCAAGAAUAGUAAUAGCGGUGGACAUGGCUGCUGCUUUGGAUUACCUCCAUAACAACUGCACGCCUCCUGUGGCCCACUGUGAUCUGAAGCCUAGCAAUGUCCUUCUGGAUGAUCUCAUGGGCGCAUGUGUUGGCGACUUUGGCCUGACUAAAUUCCUGCACACUUAUACUCCUUCCGAGAAUCAUACUUCUACAAGCUUAGUGGGGCCAAGAGGAUCCGUUGGAUACAUUGCACCAGAAUAUGGCUUUGGGAGUAAAAUCUCCACAAAGGGCGAUGUUUACAGCUAUGGAGUCGUCAUCUUAGAAAUGCUCACGGGGAAACGUCCAACUGAUGAGAUGUUUAAAGAUGGUCUGAGCCUUUACAAAUUUGUCGAAAAAUCUUUUCCCCAAAAGAUUGCCGAUAUUCUAGACACUAGAAUGGUUCCCUAUUAUGGGGACCAAGAUGAAGAAGCAGGAAGGACUUCAGAGGAACAAAAUCGUUCAAUGGCUGGAACAAUGAGUUGCGUCCUCGAUCUCAUCAAGCUUGGACUCUUAUGUGCUGCGGAGACACCUAAAGAUCGUCCAGUAAUGCAGGACGUUUACAGUGAAGUCAUAGCAAUCAAAGAAGCAUUUUUAGCCCUGCUUGGCUGAGCAGAUGCAACUGUUUCUAUUGAUCACAUGUUGUUGAUGCAUGAAGACCUAUGGCUAGUUUGCUUUACCUAAAGUUUUACUUUGCAUAAUUGGAAUCAUGUUAUGUUGGCAAUCGCCUUCCAUUUUACUUGUGUAUAUCUUUAUCAUGCAUGGUUGUAUGUAAACUGUUGUUGAGGCUAUAUCAAAUAAAGUUCAGCAUGGGAAUGUUUCUUUCGUCU